AGCAGAAGUUAUUAUCAUCCCUAAAAUUAAAUAAAGUUCUAAAAUCUACUUAAAUUAAUAGUCUUAAAAGGAAAGGGAGAGUAAAAAAUCGAAAGCAUAGCUUAACCUAAACGGACAAAACACAAAGAACACCAAAUCUUUGAAGCUGUGUCGAAAAGACCUGCUUGCAAGAGGUGUUUGCUCUUCGUCCGGAACGAAAUUCCUCCCAACAAAAUCUUCAAAGAUUUGUUACAAUCGAUGUCCGCGUGGUUGAUCAUCGCACAAUGAAUACAACAUGUAGCCAUUGUCUACUGUGCGAACGAUCGGACAAAGCCGAUAAUCUGGUUCAAUGCGACCAAUGUGAUGGGUACGUGCACUAUUCAUGUGCCGGUGUGGAUGAUUCGAUUGCCGAUCCCGAACGGAGUUUCACCUGUAAGAGGUGCGUCGAGAGAGAUGAUAUCCUGAGUGUCUCUUCCCACCACACAAGUCAUCGUUCCCAAUCAUUGUCACAAACCAGCCGUAGCUCUGCUCUAGCAGCAUUGCGUCUCCAACAGUUGGAGAAAGAAAAACAAAACCGCCUCAAAGAGCUCGAUGAUGCGGAGAAGUUUCAGCGCUUGAGACGGCAGGUCGAAAUCGAAUUUGAAAGACAGCAGUUGGCCAUUCUAGAAGAGCAGCUAGUAGAAGAAGAGAAUCGCAGCAUCAGGAGCAGAGUAAGCGCCACACAAGCUCGCGAUAACACUAGGAAAUGGGUCGAUGCGUCGGGUCGGACAGAUGGAGCAAACAACUCAGUAGCUACCACGUCGGCUCACAUCGUUCCCACAACGUCUACUAGUUCCCAACAGCAUCCAACAACCGCUUCAGAGGAGUAUAUCGAGGCUGCAACGGUCACCUCCGAGUGUGAUGUAGCGACACCGUUCGAACCCCUUCGAAAACCAGACUACACCAGUGGCGAUUGUAACAGGGGCUGGGACCACAGCUGCUCCAGAAAUCCUACCGACCUGCCGGCCUGUUGAGGCCGAUUUCAACGCGUCGUCGACGGCAGUCCGAGUGCUAGGCGUGGACAAUGAGAGACGAUUUACCUCUACCACUUCAGGAGUACGACUUGAUGCGACCGUAUCCAAAACCGAACGAAUUGGUCCAGGACAGGGACCACCAACCGGAAUUGUUCCUUUAGUACACCAGCAGACGGUGGUACCAGUUUCUAUUGAAUCGCAGCGAGACCAUCAGACACGGAAUGAUACGGGA